AUGACACAGUCAGAUCUCGACCUCCUGCUCGAAAUGGGCUUUGAGCGAGCCCGUGCCGAGCUCGCAGUCAAGAGGACGGGCGGAUUACAGCAGGCGUUGACCUGGCUUGAGGAGAACCAGGAAAAGCCACUCGAAGAGCUCCAGGCGGCGCAAACGACGGCUGGCGCGACAAGAGGCGAAGAAGAAGGCGAAGCGUCUGUUCCCUCCGGCGAGACCGCCUCUUCUCUGGUCUGCAACGAGUGCGGCAAGAAGUUCCGUAACCAUGAUCAGGCUUCCUUCCACGCCUCCAAGACAGACCAUACCGACUUCUCCGAAUCGACAGAGGAAAUCGCCCCCCUUACUGAGGAGGAGAAGAAGUCGAGGUUGGAGGAGCUGCGGCAGAAGCUGAAGGAGAAGAGGGCGAACCAGAGCGUCGUUGACAAGGAAGAAGCUAAGCGUAACGAGCAAAUCCGCCAAAAAGCUACCAAGGAGACACAGGACGUCAAGGAGGAGCUCCAGCGCAAGGAGCAAAUCAAGGAGGCCGCGAAGAAGCGUCAGGAGAAACUCGACGACCUGGAGGCCAAGAAACGCAUCAAGGCCCGCAUCGAGGCCGACAAGCAGGAGCGCAAGCGCCGAGAGGAGGAGGCCAAGGCGAUGCGCGAGGGCAAGCCCCUUCCAGGCCAAACCUCUGCAUCUGCCGCUGCCGCUGUGGCAGCCGCCGCAACCGCCCCGACAACGUCGUCAUCGUCCGGGUCGGGCGCGGCGAAUGCCCGCUUGAGAUUGCAGACCCAGAACGGGAAUCUCGUCAAGUCGUAUCCCGGUGAGACGACACUGUUUGAGGUGGCUCAACAGAUCGAGUCGGAGGUGGGCGCGCCCAUCACCAAGUUCACGACAACUUUCCCGAAAAAGACUUUUGAGGCGGGUGUGGACUUUGGGCAGACGCUUGCCGAAGCUGGGUUGACGCCCAGUGCUGUGUUGGUUGUGAACUAA